AUUAUGGCUCGGCGUCCGCGCCUCGCAGCGCAGGCUGCUGCUGCUUCUAUGCGUAAGAUUGCACAUGGACAGAUCACCCUUCAACAAAUCCUCUAAUUGACUCUAGGCACUCCAAUUCCCAAUAUUUCCGACAACGAAGAUGAAGUCAUGCCCGACGCCCCACCGACUGAGGCCGCAACACCACAAGAGGAUGAAGACACCGAGCAGAAUGACGCCGAUGACGAUGACGACAACGAGGAAAACGAAGUCGAAGAUGAAGAUGCGCCAACCCCAUCACGAAGCUCUAUACCUGUCUCUCGUUCAGCGACUCCUCGACGGCGAGGGCGUGGAGGUGGCCUAGGUUCUCGAGGUGGGCGAAGACGUUUGGGUCGUCCGCCCAAAAACAGACCCCCAGUAGCGUCCGAGGACGAAGCCAACGAUGUGACCGAGACGAGUACUCCUAAAAGAAGAGGCGGUUUCCGUGGUCAUCGCGGAGGCAGAUGGGCCAAGUACAAAACAGGUUCCACGAGAAAUUCCCAUGCUCCACUCGACGCGGAUGGUAACCCAAUGACCAUCGUCAAUGACGAAGUAGAACUUGAAGACGAUCCAGAGGGGGAACAAAAAGUCGACAAAGACGGCCAACUGCUGGAAGGUAGAGAGUACCGCGUGCGCACUUUUACAAUCUUGGGACGAGACGACAGACUGUACAUGUUGUCGACAGAACCAGCACGUUGCAUUGGUUUCCGCGAUUCCUACCUCUUCUUCCAGAAACACAAGCAUCUGUACAAAAUCAUCAUAGACGACGAUGAGAAAAGAGACUUGAUCGAACGCGAUCUGAUCCCUCACUCAUACAAAGGUCGCGCCAUCGGAGUGGUUACGGCGAGAUCUGUGUUUCGCGAAUUCGGCGCCAAGAUCGUGAUUGGCGGGAAAAAAGUACUUGACGACUACUAUGCUCAAAAAGCCCGAGACCAAGGGGAUGUCGAAGGCGAAAUUGCUGUGCCAGAGGAUCGCCUUCCUGGUCUAGGAGAACCGUACAACCGCAAUCAGUAUGUGGCUUGGCACGGAGCCAGCGCAGUGUAUCACACAAAUCUGCCCAGCGUUCCUGUUUUGAAUGCAAAGGUGCAGGAAGCCAAGCGACGCAAGAUCGUCAUAACAAGUGACAACUGGAUGUUGGAACAUGCUCGAGAAGCAAGCCGUUUCAACUCCUCUUUGGCGACGACUCGGACAGGAAACCUCGAGGGCGUCUACGACAUACACACCAAUCUCAUGCAAUGGCCAGCUCAUACACAGCCAACUCAUGCCCGGUGGGAGGUGGUGGUCGAUAGCAAGCCACGAAUCCCUAACUCUGAUGAUAUUCCAACUAAGCUUCCUGCACUGGAUCCAGUAUAUGGACGCAACUUUUGCAUCCACGACGUAUGUCUCGAGUCCGCGCCCGAAUCUGCCCUGGGAAAGCCAGGAGCGGAGGCUGCUGACAAUACCCUAUCAUCUAUCCCUGCCGAUAUACUCGAGGAGCUCUCUCCAGAACAAUUGGCUUCAUUUCAGGAAGCUUGGGCUCGAGAAGCAAACUGGCGCAGCAAGUGGCGGACAGAACGCUUUGACGGUCUCAGGGCAUAUAUUCCUGCUUCGGUAGAGUGGUUCCCGAAAUGAUCUUGUCCUGCUUCGCCAUCGAGGUGUCUAUGAUAUGGACUUGAUGGCGCCCAUCACUCUUACUUCACAUACACAUUGGCCGUCAGCAUGGAUUUCAUUCUCGAGAGCUACUGAGUUGCUCAAGAUGCCUGGUUCCGGAUCGUCACACGGCUGCAAUCAACAGACUGUUGGCCUCUGGUCCCUACGACCCCUAAGCUCGACGGUAUGAUUUCCUGGAGCCUUCGAGGCUCACUACGGUACAAACCACUCCAGAAUCUACGGACCAAGGACCAAAAAGCCGAGGCGUAUGGAGAUCGAAUGUCAUCAUUCCCCACACUAUCCAUGACCACCACAAGUCUAUACCCUGUCCAAUAUCGGGCAGGUAGACUUUCCAUUCGGAAUGAGCACAUCCGGCUUUCGCCUACCCCGGGGUAUGUCUCCUCCAGCAAGACAUGGUAUAUCCAUCACGAGCAGUAUGAAGGACCUCGGCUUGAGAAAUUGCAAAGUACGUACGGCACAUCCACGAAGACAUGCAAAGCUAUGGUCCAAACAGGCUGCUGCUUGGAGCACCAGUAGUAGAACGACGACAAGCACCUUGACCAUGCAGCACAUACGGAUAUGAUUCGCACCGGGUGCGGGUGACAGUGACGAGCCACACAAAGUUUUGGAGAGUUCCAAUACCUUGAUGGUUCAACAGCAUGGCUGGACCCGGUCCUCGGCGCGAAGGAGGAGAACUUUGACAUACCUCCAACAUCAUUGGCUCGGAUGGGAUUCAAGUACUCCGUAGGGUCGAUAAUCGUGUGCUAAAAACUUGUAACAAAGUAGACCUUUUGUUGCUUGUUGAACGGCCCGCCAAUUACUACUACUGGUGUUUGUUGCUAAACUUUUCUCGUUGCUUUCUGGAUGCAUCUGUGCGAGCGAGCAGGUAGUCAGUUCCGUAGCACCGCUGACCACGUUGAAUUUUUUCAUUCCCUGUGGGAACCCCACCGCUCAUCUCUUCCCCAUAUUGGAUGGAUGGAUGGAUUAUCUUUGUUGGCUCGGACUGGACUCGACGAAAUGACCCAACAGCAAGCACCAUAAUUUGCUUCUCUUCCUUCCCUUCCCUUCCCUUCCCUUCCCUCCUCCCCGCUUAAUUCUCGAAAACGGGCAAAGGUCUAGCAUCCACCGGGAAACCCAACCCCAGAGAUUGGAAAUCAAUCAACUACUCCGUAGU